UCAGUGGCAUAUUAUGUUGUCACUAUUAUGAUAUUUUAUCAAAUUCAUUAAGCUUUUUUUUUAUUUUUUUUUAUAUUCUUUAAUGUUUGUUUUUGAAAAAUCAUGACCGAAGAAUCUCAAAAAAUCGAUCUGGAUGCCUCUGGUAGCAAACCCUCAGUUAACGAAAGUGAUGACUCUUCUAAGCUUGCUGACAAAGGAAACGUUUUAGACGAUGGAAAACUACAAACAGAUGUAGAGGUAGAAGAACGGAGUAAGAACAAUACCCACUUGGAAAAGAAAUCGUUAGAUAGCAAAGAACUAACUGAAAAGUCAGCCACUUCAUCCAUUAGUUCUUCCAAGCUUUUCAAGUCAUCCGAAAAAAAAUCGAUAGAUAGCAAAGAAAUCAUUGAAAAGUCAGCCAAGUUAUCAAUUAGUUCUUCAAAGCUUUUCAAGUCAUCAGAAAAAAAAUCAUUAGGUAGCAAAGAAAUAAUUGAGGAGUCAGCCACGUCAUCCAUUAGUUCUUCAAAGCUUUUCAAGUCAUCGGAAAAAAAAUCGAUAAAUAGCAAAGAAGUAACUGAAAAAACAGCCAAGUUAUCAAUUAGUUCUUCAAAGCUUUUCAAGUCAUCAGAAAAAAAAUCAUUAGGUAGCAAAGAAAUAAUUGAAGAGCCAGUCACGUCAUCCAUUAGUUCUUCAAAGCCUUUCAAGUCAUCGGAAAAAAAUUGGUUAAAUAGCAAAGAAGUAACUGAAGAAACAGCCAAGUCAUCAAUUAGCUCUUCCAAGCUUCUUAAGUCAUCAAUGGAUGUCCCAAGCCCAGAUCCCAAACUUAGUGAGGAGUAUGGAUUUGAUCCAACCAAAUCUAUAUCUUUAACAUUUAUGGAUCCUCCUGCUUAUGAGUUCGUUAAAAGAGGUUUGUUGGAAGAAAAAGAUGAUGAUAUUUCUGGCUUGUUUGAUAAUUUAGAUGAUCAAGAUGCAGAGCAAGAGGAGGAGAGCUUGACUGAGGAGGAGUACCAUUAUGAGGAAAAGAAACGUCCUCGUACAUCUAUUUUGUCUUAUACAUUAAAAUAUGAUUUUGAUAGGAGAUAUGACGAUUCUCUAGAUGAGCAUAGAUUCAAGGAAGCCUUAACGAUGGAAAUGAAGAUACCUUCGCUAGGAAUGGAGAUGUGGGAGGAAGAAGAAGAAGAAGAAGAAGAAAAAGAAAAGGUAGUAGAAGAAUCACUUAUUAGCGAAGAGUCAGAAUCUUCUCUUCCUAGAUCAGUCCAUGUAGAACGGUAUCAUCUCAUUGCAAAACAAUUGAAUCAAUCGAAAGUCAUUAACUUAGUUUUGGAGAGAAAACUUGCAUUGUAUUUUAGACGAAAAAAGAUGCCUUACGUUUUCAUACCAGAGGAUCUUCCAGACUUAGCGAUUAAGAGGUACAAGCGUGUUUUAGACAAUUUAGAUUAUCUUUCCACAAAUGCUACUAGACAACGAGAAAAUAUUAUAAAUGAACUUAGCCGACUGAAACAUACGAAAAGGGAGAAAACCAUUCAUCUGGAUCAGAUGUUUUCCGAUCUUCAGGCGCGAGAAAAAGAAGUUGCACAUGGUUUGAUUAAUACGAAAAACGGAACGGAAAUGACAGAUGAGUAUGUUGAGCACCAACUCCAUCGCCAGCAGAAAAAUAUGGAAGAAAAGUAUAAAUUGAUGGUAAAAUGGAUUCGCUUAACGAAAAUGGUCAAUGAAAAAGAACAAGCAAUAAAAGCUGUAGACAAAGUAGAUGAAGGUCAUUACUUAACCAACUUUGACAAACUAAAAUCGGAAAAUAGAUUGCGGGCAGAUAAAAUUGAAGAGCAAGAAAGAGAGUUGAUGAAGUAUCGAAAGAAGUCUGAAGAAACCGUUCAGAUUUUAGCUCAUAUUCGAGAAAAAAUAAGCGCGUUACGUUCCGAUAUUCAAGACGCCAUUGAAGAAGACGCCUUCUUGCAAAGAAAUAGAGACGUAGCACGGAGUAGCCUUAAUGACACAAAAAUUGAAAGAGACCGGUAUAAACGGUUAACAAAAAAUUUGGAGGAAGAGUCCGGUUUGUUGUCACAUCCCCAUUUGGUGCAAGAUAUGAAAGAGUCCGAGAAAGAAUUCGAGGAGAAAAAGAGGCUAUUAAAAGAUUUGAGGGAUGGAUACAGAUUGAGCAUGAAACAGACAAAAAAUAUUAGAAAAUUGUUGGAGAAACGGGAGGAACUUUUAGCAGCAAGGGGAUCAAGAUUGAUAACUAAGAGUAGCAAGAGAAAAUUUGCUUUGCAUAAUGCCUCGUUUUAUCGGCAACCAGGAUUUUUUAAACCUACCCUUCCCUCAACCAUUCUGAGGGAUGUUUUAACAGACUUCCAAAUUAACGUCACCAAAAUUGAGUACCCAGCAGAUUCUUCGGUUAAAAGUACUAAACUCCAUCCAUAUAAAGGGGUCAAAUAUUAUUCAGCUAAAAAUAGGUAUAUAACUAGCAAAGGGGUCAAGAAUUGACUGAUAAAAUCUUUUAUAAUAAAAUUGUAUUUUAGUAUGA